AGAGGCGGGGGCCAGGCAUCCACUUCGGACUAGGGAUCUCGGCAGUGCGGAGCUUAGCUGCCGUCCAGCCAACCUGAGUGCGGGGGAUCCCGCGCCCCCUCCUCCCCCCGGAGCUGGACGCGGCGGAAUCCGCGCCGGGGAAGCCCUUCCGACUACGGAGUCGGACGGAACCGAAUCCGGGCGGGUGUGAGGGGGUGGGGUGGGGGAAUCCCCGCCACCGGCUCUCUGAAACCUCCCCAGGGAACCCCAGUCGCAGUCCCUCCGCCCAACUCCUAGACGUCCGUGCAGCCGCGGGGCAGAGGGGAGCUGCCCCGACCUGGGAGCCCCGGUUGGAGAGCCUAAAGCUAGUGCCCCCCCUGUCCGGCCUUUAACUUGGAAAGGCUGAGGCGGAGCUGCGGCCACAGCGAGAAGGAGAGAGCCUGCGGGUUUGGAAGGUGCUUUCCUCAGGGCCAAAAUGCCCAAGAAGAAGCCGAUGCCCAUUCAGCUGAACCCGACCCCGGAUGGCUCCACGAUUAACGGGACCAGCUCGGCCGAGACUAAUCUUGAGGCACUACAGAAGAAAUUGGAGGAGCUGGAAUUGGAUGAACAGCAGCGUAAGCGUCUGGAAGCUUUUCUCACCCAGAAACAGAAAGUGGGCGAGUUGAAGGAUGAUGACUUUGAGAAGAUUAGUGAACUGGGAGCUGGAAAUGGUGGUGUGGUAUUCAAGGUUUCGCACAAACCCUCUGGCCUAAUCAUGGCAAGGAAGCUAAUUCACCUGGAGAUAAAGCCAGCAAUUCGGAACCAGAUUAUACGGGAGCUGCAAGUCCUGCAUGAGUGUAACUCUCCAUAUAUUGUGGGGUUUUAUGGGGCCUUUUACAGCGAUGGAGAGAUCAGUAUUUGCAUGGAGCACAUGGAUGGUGGAUCUUUGGAUCAGGUCCUUAAGAAAGCUGGAAGAAUUCCUGAGCAGAUCUUGGGGAAAGUUAGCAUUGCUGUAAUAAAGGGUCUUACAUAUCUGAGAGAGAAGCAUAAGAUAAUGCACAGAGAUGUCAAGCCAUCCAAUAUCUUGGUGAACUCACGUGGAGAGAUCAAGCUUUGUGACUUUGGCGUCAGUGGGCAGCUGAUUGAUUCUAUGGCUAACUCUUUCGUGGGGACAAGGUCCUAUAUGUCGCCAGAAAGACUCCAGGGAACUCACUACUCUGUACAGUCGGACAUCUGGAGCAUGGGGCUGUCUUUGGUAGAGAUGGCAAUUGGACGAUAUCCCAUUCCACCACCGGACUCCAAGGAGCUAGAACUGAUGUUUGGCUGUCCAAUGGAGGGAGAUGCUGCUGAGACGUCACCACGACCAAGAACUCCUGGGAGGCCCCUCAGUUCUUAUGGAAUGGAUAGCCGGCCACCUAUGGCAAUUUUUGAGCUGCUGGAUUACAUAGUCAAUGAGCCUCCUCCAAAGCUGCCCAGUGGAGUCUUCAGUCUGGAAUUUCAAGAUUUUGUGAAUAAAUGCCUAAUAAAAAAUCCAGCUGAGAGAGCUGAUUUGAAGCAACUUAUGGUUCAUGCCUUUAUCAAGAGGUCUGAUGCCGAGGAAGUUGAUUUUGCAGGUUGGCUCUGCUCCACCAUAGGCCUUAACCAGCCUAGCACACCAACUCAUGCUGCUGGCAUCUAAAGUGUUUAUUUGGGAAGCUGGAGAAAGGCAGCUCCCUCACCCCAUUGUGCAAAAUGAUACUACCUUAGAUCCUAUUUCUCAUGCUUGUCUCUGUUCAGAUGUGCAUUUUAUCCUGUGAAGAAGAAUGAAGAACAUAGCAUGUGCCAAAUUCUGUUCCUAUUUUGUUUUGUUUUGUUAAUUAUGAUUACUCUCUUGAGUGGAUUGGCUUUGCGUUGGGGGCUUCUUAUUUGUGCUAAUAACCCCCCAAAGUGUGCGAUAUUGAGUUAGUGAAACUUUUUGUCUACAGUGGAUAGUCUUUUGCACUGCUGCUUUCUCUCAGCCUUGGCUGGCUGACCUUGUGAUUUUUUUUUUUUUUUGCCGGGGGGGAGGGGAGUUGGGUAGGGGGAAUCUUUUGACACUUGGUGGUACUUCAUUCUUGCCGGGCUUUACCUCUUUUCCUAAAAGUGGGAGGAGCCUUGCAAUGUCCUUCACAAGCAGUGCAUGGGAAGCAUGCUUUUGCUGCUAUGAAAACAAGCAUUAGAAAGUGGAUGUCACGGUGUUGUAAUUUUUUUGCUUUCUGUGUAGAAUCCAGCUGUUUUCACUUAAAUCAAGUCAGAGCCCCGCACUGCCAUAAUAGCCAGGGCUUCAUCAGUCUACUUACUGUGAGGACUUAGAGACUUGUGGCUAUAUUUCUAUAUUUAUUUUUUAAAUAUUCUUUAUGGGAUAUUCAGAGUUGUUUGGUGGUAUACGUCUCUUAACUUUUGACUGAUAUUUCUAAAAUAGUGUGUGUGUGGGAGGGUUGGAUGUCACCAACGGAUCAAGUCAUUAAAGUUCAUCAGAUUUAACUUCCUCCUAAUCCAAUUACAGAAUAUAUUGUAAGACAACUGUGUGUAUAGUGCCUAAAAAAUUGUAUGGAGAUCCUUUUAACCAUUUUAUUUUCAAACGUUUAACAAAUCUAAUCUCUUAUUCUAAUAAAUAUAUCAUCAAGUUUAAAAGAAAGAGUUGAAAAGUAGUGUCAUUUCUGCAUUAAUUAUCCCAGGUGGUAUUUUUAUUGUUCUACAGGAAAAUGGUCAUUUUGGUUUCUGAAACCUUAUGAUGAGCCUUUUUAUGUGAGAAGGUAGGUGAAAAUAGAAACGAGAAACAGCUUGCAGCUUGAUGCUUUUGGAUGCCUUCCUGUCAUUUUAUACUUCUAGAAGCCACAUCAAAUAUGAGUGCAACAAUGUUCAAAAUCUCUCUCACCAUGCACCCUUGUCUAUAAAUAAGCAUCUUCCAAGAACUUUCUUCUUGAAAUAAAGGGAUCAUAU